AUGUUUACCCACUGCGGAAGUGAGAGUUGAAGGCAGAGAGUGAGUGCUGCGCUGCGGAGUUUGGGGGAUCUGUUAUCCAAAAGACGCGUCUGUGGGAACGAACUCAAUCAGCUGUUUUGGUUGGUGCAUCCGAUAUUUUAACAGAAUAUUACAUGGUUUCCCCAACAUGCAUCGUACCAGCCAGCUCUCCUGUCUCCUUGCUCUGCUGCUCAUUCAAGUUAACCCUGUGCGCUCUGUGCAGGAGAUCCAAGCCAACCGUGAGACCAUCAGUAAGAUCCACACUGCAGGAGACAUGAUGAAGUGUUCUACUCCAAUGGACGUGCUUAUCCUCAUGGACGGUUCCUACAGCGUGGGGAAGGGCAGCUUUGAGAGAUCCAAACACUACGCACUCAAACUGACAGAAGCUCUGGACGUCAGGCCCAACAAGGUGCGAGUGGGAUUGAUCCAGUUUGGCUCCUCUCCUAGACUGGAGAUCUCUCUAGACUCCUACUCCACCAAGGCAGAGCUGCGGAAACGAUUGAAGAAAGUCACCUACAGAGGGGGCAGCACCCAGACAGGUCUGGCUCUGAAGUACAUCCUGAAGAAGGGAUUCCCGGGCGGGCGGAACGCCACCGUUCCCAGGAUCGUCAUCCUGCUGUCAGACGGGAAGUCCCAGGGCGCCGUGCUCAAGGCCGCUACGGAGCUCAAGCAGAUGGGCGUCACCCUGUUUGCUGUGGGACUCCGCUACCCCAGGUGGGAGGAACUCCACGCCCUGGCCAGCGAGCCUGUGGAGAGUCACGUGUUCUUCGCAGAGCAUGUCCAAGACGCGGUCAACGGCCUGUACACCACCCUCACCACCUCCUCAGUCUGCACUGCUGUACCCCCAGGCUGUCAGACGGAGACGCUGCCCUGCGAGAGGAAAACUCUGGAUACCGUGAAGGAACUCCAGGGCAACUUCAUGUGCUGGAAAGGCUCGAAAGGCUACUCUCCAUACACCUCCCUCUGUCCUUUUUACAGGUGGAAUAAGGUUUACAAGAGACACCAGACAGUCUGCCAUCGAACUAUUUGUCCAGAACCGUGUGACUCCCAGCCCUGUCUGAACGGGGGCACGUGUGUUUCUGAGGGGCCAGAGGCGUUCCGCUGUGUCUGUCUGCCCGGCUAUGGAGGACACCCCCAAUGUGCCCCGAAGCUGAUGUUGGACUGCUCCGUGGACCUACUCUUCCUCAUAGAGGGCUCUACCACUCUCACCUUAGAGGGGUUCCUGCGCCUCAAAUCCUUCCUCAAACGCUUCCUACAGGCCGUGAUGGGUCACGACACCCCCACGCUGGUGGGCCUGGCCGUGUUUGGUGGUGAGACGCGCGUGGAAGCUCCGGUGGGAAAGUUUAAAGGGGAUGUAAGGGGUCUCCUCAAAGCAGUGGACGGGCUCCAACCCAUCGGAGGGGAAACGAAAACGGGUCAGGCGCUCCGCUACGUGACCCGCCACGGUUUCCAUAGCGCCCCGGUGUUUGCCGACGUGACCGACGACCUCCCUCGAGUUGUGGUGCUGCUGACGGCCACGCCAGCCGUCGACGAGGUGGUGGAGCCCUCGAAAUACGCCAGGGACCGGGAGAUCUUCCUCAUAGGGGUGGGGCCUGACGCCUUAAAGGAACAGCUCAACAAUAUCACAGGGAAUCCUCAACGGACUGUCACCUACUCCUCCCCUGAUAGGUUCAAUGCCAAAAUCCCGGAGCUGAAAGCCAAGAUUUGCAGCGUGGACAGUCAAGGGUGUCUGGGCCAGGCUGUGGACCUGGUCUUCGCUCUGGAUGGCUCCGGGGGUGUGGGCCGUGACAACUUUGCCACGCUCCGAGACUUUGUGCGCAGCCUCAGCGUCCAGUUCGACAUCAACCGGGACGUGGCCCAGGUGGCGCUGGUGGUGUACGGCCGACGCCCCGUCACCACCUUCGACCUGGACACCCACGACACCGGCUCUGCCGUGCUCAAGGCCGCCGCCGCCGCCAACUACCUGGGCGGCUCCGCCUCCACGGGCUCCGCCCUGCUGCACAUCCACUCCAACGUGCUGACGGUGGGCAAAGGGGCACGGCCGGGGGUCAACAAAGCGGUCGUGGUGGUGACGGACGGGUCGGGAGGGGACGACGCGGCGGUCCCUGCCCUGAAGCUCCGGGAGAACGGCGUGUCGGUGUUUGUGAUCGGGAUCGGGGACGUGCAGCGAGACAGGCUGCUGCGCAUCGCCGGGAAAGAGGACCACAUGGUCACCGUGACGUCCUACGAGGAACUGAAGUACUUUGAGGAUGUGCUGGUGCAGAUGGUGUGUUCAGAUGUGAAGAAGCCAGUAGACCUGUGCAGGCCCAGCCCCUGUAUGAAUGACGGGAUCUGCAUCCUGUCUGGAGGGAGCUUCCGGUGCCAGUGCCAAGGCUUCGAGGGGGCCCACUGCGAGACACGAAGUAGCAGGCCGUCCUCUAGAGGAGACCUCCCCAGACCUGCAGGCCUCAGGAAGAAGAGCAGACAGAAGAAGAGCCAUGAACAACUGCUGCAUCACUACAAACUCCACCGCAGGAGACACACAGACAGGGCAGCCUCCUCCACACACACAUAAACAAACACACAUAAACACACACACACACACUCAAACACACACUGAUAAACACACACACAUAAACAUACACACUCCUAAACACACACUCACACAACAGAACGAGCAGACACUGUGCACGCAGCACAUGUACUCUGCUGCAGACACCUUUAAGGGCAUGCACAUACAUAAAGGAGUAAAGGGAUGUUUUUAUGAAAGAGGACUUGGAUGAUAUCAUGUUCAGUGCUUGUUAUUGUGGUGAAUCUCUGAUGAGAGACAGUAGGUCCCCAUGCAGCCCAUAGGAUUUGGCAUUACUGAAACUUACUAUACAGCCAUCAUUGCGCCAAUGUUUGACGUGGUUUUGUACAUAUUUUAGUUUUUUCACACUACAGUACAUCUGAAUUAAUAUUUGUUCAUUUGUUAAAGAUUACUGUAAAGUCAAUCUUUCAGCAACUACAAAUAAUUUAUUAUUAGUAUUAUAUUUUCAUCUUGGUGAACACAAUUCACUUACCAAAGGGACCAUGUUUUGUCCUUAAUUUCUGGCUUCAUUUACUGUCUUAUUUGUUAACCAUGUUAACUAGUGCCAUAUUUUCCAUAACCUAAUAUUUUAUAACAAAAGUGUAAUUGUUAUUCUGUUGGAUUAUCUCUGGGAAGAACAAGAUAUAACACUAUUUUAAUAAAAACUAUUUAUUUUUUUCUUCUAUGAUAGAACAAUAUCAUGACCACAUUUUAAGUGUCCAUGUAUGACUAUUACGAACUAUUGUUUGUAAUAGUCACCAAAAAAAAAUCAUUUCACAACUUUAACAGGCCGGCUGUUUGGACACAACCUCUGCUGCAUAUGAGUUUACUUGGGGCAGUGAUUCUGAGGUUGGCUAUGAGGUCCUUGUGUGGGAAAUCACCAAGUUAACAACAGGAAGGGCAGGCUGCUGACAGUAGCACCAACAUGACGAAGUGUACAGAAACACUUGUAUCCUCAAACCAAUUUCCUUCCCUCCCAUUAAGAAGAUCAACUUGCAGAAUAGUGUGCCUCAAUUUGAAUUUGUUUGACGCUUUGAAGCUUUGACUAUUAAUAGUAAUUUGUUGUACUUUUCAAGUUGUUGAGGGCUAAAUGUAUAAAGAUAUAUAUUCUGAC